UUUCUUUUUUGCGGCUUCUUUCCCUCCACCUUCGCCCCCACUCGGCCGUCGCCUUCGCUUCUUCGUCUUGGUUCGUCUCCCAUCGCAGCAUGUCCAGGGUGCGAAUCCGCCAUGCCCCGGGCUACAUCUGCUCUCCCGGCGGCCCUCUGGCUGUGCAGAUCUCCUUGAAUGCCGAUCGCCUGCUUCAAUGCACAGCACAGUUCGUUGGAAUUGUCCAGUUUGACCGCAGCGUCCACUCGGAGACCACCUUCGUCGGCCUGCCCUUCCCUCGUUCUCUCACACCGGCCCACUCGGACCAGCCAGCACAGAGCCGGCGCGUUGGUCAAGUGUGCUUUGCAGCCAGCCCGCCCGUUGUGAUUCCCACCGGCCCGGUUUCGCCCCAGCAAGACUGCCACUUCAUCUUUGCGGGUCCGCUGCCCGAGUCGCUCCCUCCCUCGACACCAGGGUCCUUGCUCGGGUACUUCCCGCCGCCGCUCUCGGCACCCACCCGACAGCUAAGCGACCUGGCCGACCAGCAUCCCUCCCCCGUACCUGGGCCGGCAUUCGGCGACACACCCGCCCCCGGGACCGGGCUCACGACGCCCUCCGAUCGGACCGUCCUCUCGCGCAAUGGCGACACCUCCGAGUACAAGCAGCUCCGGGAGAUUGCCAACGCCCCCGGGCGGCCCCGGACCAUGUCCAUCCACUAUGUGCUGGUCUUGGUUUUCGGUGAGACGGUCCUCUCCGACCGGUCGAAUGUCAUACUCCGCACGCUGGCUCUGUCGGCGAUUCCGAAUUUGGACCCCGCCCACGCGCCACGCUUCGACUUCACCCGCCCGGUGGUCCUAUCCGGGUGCCGGGUGGUCCCGGAGGUCCCGCCGGCCGAGGGCCCCCUGGACACGGGGCUUUGGCCGCCGGCCGAGGGCCCCGGGUCGGUUACCUCCUCGGCGAUCAGUUCGUGCCCCGGAUCACCGGGGCUCUCCUCGCAGUACCUUGAUUUGGCGGUGUCGCGGCGUGCACGGACCCUGGCGCACAUUGCCCUGUCGCAGGAGAGCAGUCACCAGUCGCCCAUCGAGGCCGAGCUGACCAGCGACCUGACCGAUGACUCGGUCCUGGUGGACCAGUUGCACUUCGUGGGGUCCUUCCACCGGCCGAACCGGGCCUUCUGGGCCGCAACCGGUUGGGGGCAUGAGGCGGCCUCCUGCGAGACGCCUCGGCUCUUCCUGAUCCCGCUGGCCGGGUCGGUGGUUUGCCCUGCCCCCCUGCCGGAGGAGUCCUACUCGCUGGGUCUCUGCCUGACCCGGACACCCGGUGGGCGCGGGGUCCAGGCCGUCUUGUCCAUCCCCCCCGGGCUGACAGUGCAGUAUGCCUCGGUGUCACUGCAGGCCGCGGAAAAUGUCAAGUCAUCCGGUGCCACGGCCAACGUCAAGGUGGCCGACCAGCGGUGGCUCCUGUGCCAGCCGUCGGCCCAGGCCCCAACCGGUCUGGCCGGGCCCGGAGCCGGGUCGCCCCUGGCCACCGCCGGGUCCCUGGCUUCUGGUAGCCCGACGCGCCUGGUUCCGCGCGACCUGCUCGUCGACCCGACCCUCGUGUGCCGGUCCUCGCAGGCCGAGGCCUGGCAGGUUCUGCAGUGCCAGCUGGCCGUGCCGGUCGGGGCCGGGCCUUCGCAGCAGUUGUCUGCUGUGGAGCUGGCCUGGUCGGUGCGUGUGGAGCUCUUUGGCCGUUUGUCGCCAGGGCUGACCGACUCCCCGGCCCAGGUGGGCGCCCUCGGCGGCAGCCCCAUUCUCCAUGCAUCGAAUCCGGGCCCCGGGGUGCUGCCCCUGACGGAGCAACUUCUGCCCACGGCGUUCGAGCGGUCGGGCCUGGUUUCCGGGCCGGCAUUCGUUUCGGCGGCCGACAUAUUGGGUGCCAGUCCAAGGGAGGCCGGAUUGACGCUCGGCGCCGGGGGCACGCCCCCUUCACCACGCGUCACCGGUAGCCACGGCCCUGGCGGGGGAAGACGGCCGCUGGUGGUGCCCGAGCGGGCCGACUGCACGCCGGCCAUCUCCUUCUCGGUGCCGGUGGAAAUCGGCGCCUUUGACCCGGCCCAAUGGUCCCGGCUGAACAAUGUGGCCGACGCCGCGUGGGCCUGGGUCCGGACCACCUCCUCGGCCGUGUAAUUCCGGCAGAGGGGUCUGCUGCUUUGUUCCCCAGGCCAAAAAGCGAGGGCGAGAGCGAACCGGACAAAAUGCCUCCGGGCCGGGAGAAAUAGAGCACCACAUGCCUUGCCCCAG